CAAUCCACAACAAACAAGAGCGCGAGUAAGGGCUUUGCUCAAGUGGGUGGCCUAGGCGAGCGGAUCGCCCAAUUGCGGACGCUGAUCCAACAACCGCUAUUGCAUCCAGAGCGCUACUUGAAGUAUGGACUUGCGGUUCCAAAAGGAGUCUUGCUCUAUGUUAAGGGUUUCCGAAUUACAUCCCUCACUACCAUCCUUGUGACUUUUUUUCCAGUAGGACGAAAGAUGUAGUUCUACUUCACUAUUCUCAUGAUUUCGAUGUCUAGUGUCGUUUAAGUCUUUUCAAGGAUGUUUUUCGAAAUAGGUCAACAAGGGGAAAAUAGGUCAACAAGGAUGUGGUGAAGAAUGCAACUCGGCAACCUCUAACUAUGGCCCCCCUGGCACAGGAAAAACCCUGUUGGCGAAGGCUUUAGCCGAAGAACUGGGCUGCCACGCAGAGAUCGUGGAGGCAGGCGACUUGAGUUCCCCCUACGCGGGCGAGACGGAGCAGCGCGUGACAGACAUAUUCCGAAGGUGCCAGGAGAAGGCUAAUGAACUGGUGGAAGUUUCUGCGAAUGCACUAGAGAAGUCAAGUUCGAAUCAUGUUGGGUCUGCGAAUGCACUAGAGAAGCGUCGACGUCCACGUGGUGCGCUGCUUUUUGUAGAUGAAAUCGACGCCCUGUGUCCAAAGCGCGAAGAAGCCUUAUCCGAGUCUGAGCGACGUGUGGUUGCCACGUUUCUGACACUUUUGGAUGGUGUAGGGAGUAAAGAAUCCUCAUCCGCGAGUCAACGAGGCUCAGUAGUCUUGCUUGCGGCAACGAAUCGACCCAAUGCUUUAGAUCCUGCUCUACGCAGGCCUGGCCGUUUAGAUCGGGAGAUAGAGAUAGGCGCGCCUAAUGCCCAAGGAAGGUUCGAAAUUCUCAGGGUGUUGUUGGACCGGAUGAAGGAGCGAUCGUCGGGAGAUGAUGAGGAUAAUGAUAAUACGAGGAAUUAUGAUCCUCUUGCACAACAGGAACAGCUAAAUGGUGGUAGACUUGGAGGACUUGGUGGGCAACUUCUUUGGUCUAUAAACGACUCAGAUCUCCGAGAGAUAGCCCAGGACGCUCAUGGAUUCGUAGGUGCGGAUCUCGAGGGACUCUGCAGUGCGGCAGCACUACUGGCCAUGAAUUCACCGGUCAACGUUGGUCAUGGGGCUUCUUCUAAAUCGCAGACAUCAGCCGUCUCUUCCCCAGUAAGUGCUUCUUCUACAUCACAAGCAAGAAGAACGGUGUCUUCCCCAGUACUAGGUGCGAAGGAGUUCUUCCGCAAAGCGCUGCGGAGUGUACGCCCGUCUGCUCUCAAGGAACUGGCUGUAGAUGUGCCCAAUGUCAGAUGGCAGGACAUUGGAGGCUACGCAGACCUGAAGGAAAAGCUCCAGCAGUCAGUGGAGUGGCCUCUCAAGCAUGGCGCACUAUUUGAGAGUCUGAAUCUCGUUCCACCACGAGGCAUUUUACUUUACGGCCCACCGGGAUGCUCCAAAACGUUGAUGGCGAAAGCAGUGGCUACCGAAAGUCAGAUGAACUUUAUCAGCGUGAAAGGGCCCGAGCUGUUCAACAAAUACGUAGGAGAAAGUGAGAGGCAAGUCAGGGAAAUCUUCCGGAAAGCAAGGCAGACGCAGCCGUGCGUUAUUUUCUUCGACGAAAUCGAUUCCGUGGCGGCAGAUAGGGGAGAAGGGGCAGGUAAAAAGCGCAUAGAUUUAUUUUGGUGAGACUUGCGUAGGUAGCAUUUAAUUGUUGAAACAGGCGAUACUGGACCCGUGGUUCACCUGUGUGGUAUUUCAGAUGUAUUUUGCACUGCGUAAGUCACAGGAUUUUGUUCGAAUAAGCCGCCUAUUUCUUCAAACUGAGCAUUCACUUGUCUGUAAAUAAGCCACUAGAUAACGACCACUUGCAAAUAUCUGCGAAAUGAACAAUGUACAGGGGGUGCCUCAUCCGUUGGUGCGCGUGUCUUGUCGCAAUUACUGAACGAAAUGGACGGGGUUGGCAAAGCGCAAGACCUAGUUAUCAUGGCUGCUACGAAUAGACCUGAAGCUUUAGAUAGUGCCAUUUUACGCCCCGGUCGCUUCGAUCGGCUCCUCUAUGUCUCCCUGCCCGAUGCAGAAGCCCGAAAGCAGAUCCUUCAAGGCUGUUUUGGCAAGAUCUUUGCGAAAUCAGAGAGCAGAGAUUUAGUUUUAGAGGCGCUCUUGGAGGGUGAAGAGAAGGGAGAGGACAGUCGAAAUGAAGAUGCUGGUAGCGACACUGAAGAUCCUGGGGAAGGCGUUGUCGAGGGAUUAUCUUCAUCUAAACGAGCAGACGAAACUCUAGAGGCCCGCUUCAGUGCCUUUUUAGCAGACCUUGCAGUGAAGAUGGACCGUUUUUCUGGGGCGGAGGUGGUCAACGUUUUCCAAGAAGCGUCCCUUUUAGCAGUACGCGAAGCUGUGCUCAACGGUGGAGGAGCUCGAAGUAGCCGCCCUAGGUUGACCAAGCGCCACUUCUUAUCAGCUUUCGCAGAAUCCAAACCUAGGACCAGUGUUGAAGCGAUCAGGUUCUAUGAAAGCUUUGAGCAGAAGAUCAAGAGCUGA